AUGGCGAAUAAGGUAAAUAAUGAAGAAUUUUGGCGCGAAUUUAUACAUUUAUACCGUAGUUUACCUGCUACGUGGAAAAUAAAAAUUGAUUUGUACAAAAAUAGAAUUUUGAAACAAGAAUGUUAUGUACAGUUAACUAAUAAAUUAAAAGAAAUCGAUCCAUUGGCUGAUAUAAAUACUACAAAAAAAAAAAUCAACACAUUGAGAUCAAAUUAUUGUCAUGAGUUGAAAAAAGUUAUGGCGAGUCAAAAGUCCGGUGCAGGUACUGACGAUAUAUACUUGCCAUCGGUUUGGUAUUUUGACGAGUGGGAGUUUUUACGGGAUCACGAAAUGCAAAUAUCUGGAACAUCGACAAUGGAUGAAGAAAGUAAUGAUCCUCAAGACGUAACAUUGGAAAAUUCGGAAUAUAAUAUGUUUGAAACAGGCUCCCUUGAAACUCUUCAAACAACUUCACACGAACCACAAAAAAAGAAGAAAAAAAUGGAAAAUUCUGAAGAAAAGAGAAAGAAUGAUUUACUAGAAUUAGCAUGCAGCCGCCUACAACAAUCUACAUCCGAUAACGACAUUGUAGCAAAAUCGUGGGCAAUUGAACUAGGGAAACUUGAACCAGACCAACAACUGUUUGCUCAAAAAGCAAUUAACGAUAUCCUGUUUGAAGGUCGCUUAAAAACUCUUCAUAGAAACUCAGUAAAAAUUAACCAUUCUUGUGUAUACUCACGCUCUUCAACACCAUCUACAUUUAUUCAACCUGCGCCUGUUUAUAUAUCUUCAAAUUCAAAUUCAUCACUGUCUGGUCAUACAUGGGAGACCCCACACGUUUCAAACACGACAGCUUACAAUAGUUUCAGUGAACUUCUUAACGACACUCAAUAUACAAAUUAA